GUCUUCCUGCUCUGUUCCCCACAGUAUUUCCCUCACAGUCCUGCUCCUUCUCCACUGAGCUCCAGACGACUGGAACUCUCUGGAAGACUCUCCAGCUCUCGCGCUCCUGCUCGCUGCUUGACUUUCUUUCGGGCAGUCAGUCAGUGAGCUGAGAGGAGGAGGAGCUGGAGGAGGAGCCACGAGCCUUCUGGAAGCCAGCUGGGAAAUAUAGAAACAAGCCAAGUCAGUCCAGGCUGGAAGUUCACAAGAAACACGGAGGAGAAGAAAGCUCGCAAGAGGAAGCUGCUCAGAGAGAGGGAGAGAGACCUUCACUGAGAGAACUACAACACAGCCAGCAAGAUGUCCUCAGCAAAGGGAAUAUCCAUUGGCAUCGAUCUGGGCACCACCUAUUCUUGUGUUGGGGUUUUCCAACAUGGGAAGGUGGAGAUCAUUGCCAACGACCAGGGCAACAGGACCACCCCCAGUUAUGUGGCCUUCACUGACACCGAGAGGCUGAUUGGAGACGCUGCCAAGAAUCAAGUUGCCAUGAACCCCACCAACACAGUGUUUGACGCCAAGCGGCUCAUCGGCAGGAAGUUUACCGACUCCAUUGUCCAGUCCGACAUGAAGCUGUGGCCUUUCAAGGUGAUCAGUGACAACGGUAAACCCAGAGUCCAGGUGGAGUACAAAGGAGAGACCAAGGCCUUCUAUCCUGAGGAAAUCUCCUCAAUGGUUCUGGUUAAAAUGAAGGAGAUAGCAGAGGCGUACCUGGGACAGAAGGUGUCCAACGCUGUGAUCACCGUGCCGGCUUAUUUCAACGACUCACAGAGACAGGCCACCAAAGACGCAGGUGUGAUCUCUGGACUGAAUGUUCUGAGGAUCAUCAACGAGCCCACAGCAGCAGCCAUCGCUUACGGGCUGGACAAAGCCAAGAAAGGAGAGAGCAACGUGCUGAUCUUUGACCUUGGAGGAGGCACCUUUGACGUGUCCAUCCUGACCAUUGAAGACGGCAUCUUUGAAGUGAAAGCCACGGCAGGAGACACUCACCUGGGCGGGGAGGACUUUGACAACCGGAUGGUGAAGCACUUUGUGGAGGAAUUCAAGAGAAAGCACAAAAAGGACAUCACCCAGAACAAGAGAGCCCUGAGGAGGCUGCGCACGGCAUGUGAGAGAGCAAAGAGGACCUUGUCCUCCAGCACCCAGGCCAGCAUUGAGAUUGAUUCUCUGUUUGAGGGAAUUGACUUUUACACCUCCAUCACAAGAGCGCGUUUUGAAGAGCUCAACUCGGACCUUUUCCGAGGAACGCUGGAACCAGUGGAGAAAGCCCUGCAGGACGCCAAGCUGGAAAAAUCCAAAAUCAGUGAGAUCGUGCUGGUGGGUGGCUCCACCAGAAUUCCCAAAAUCCAGAAGCUCUUACAGGACUUCUUCAAUGGCAGAGAGCUGAACAAGAGCAUCAACCCAGACGAGGCUGUGGCCUACGGUGCGGCGGUGCAGGCCGCCAUCCUCAUGGGCGACACUUCUGAGAACGUUCAAGACCUGCUGCUGCUGGACGUGGCUCCCUUGUCCCUGGGCAUUGAGACCGCCGGCGGUGUUAUGACACCUUUGAUCAAACGAAACACCACCAUUCCAUCCAAGCAGACUCAGGUCUUCUCCACGUACGCAGACAACCAACCAGGUGUGCUGAUCCAGGUGUACGAAGGCGAGAGAGCCAUGACCAAGGACAACAACCUUCUUGGCAAGUUUGACCUCACUGGCAUCCCUCCAGCCCCCCGAGGCGUGCCGCAGGUGGAGGUGACCUUCGACAUCGACGCCAACGGCAUCCUGAACGUGUCUGCCGUUGACAAAAGCACCGGAAAACAAAACAAAAUCACCAUCACCAACGACAAGGGCCGCCUGAGCCGAGAGGAGAUCGAGCGAAUGGUGCAGGACGCGGAAAAGUACAAGGCUGAGGACGACAAACAGAGAGAGAAGGUGGCAGCCAAGAACCAGCUGGAGUCGUACGCCUUCAACAUGAAGAGCAGCGUGGAGGACGACAACAUGAAGGGCAAGAUCAGUGAGGAGGAUAAAAAGAUGGUCGUCGACAAGUGCAACUACACCAUUUCCUGGCUGGAGAACAACCAGCUGGCAGAAAAGGAGGAAUACGAGCAUCAGCAGAAGGAACUGGAGAAGGUGUGCACGCCCAUCGUGACCAAGUUGUACCAGGGAGGAGCGCCGUCAGGAGGCUUCGGGGGCCACUCAGGAGAUCCCUCCAAGGGCCCCACUAUUGAAGAAGUCGACUGAAACUCCUGUUUCUGAGGACAUUGAUCACUGUUGUUUCAUACAAACUUCCUGACUUUUGAAUGUAUUUUACAGCAUGAGAAAAAACAUCAAGCUUCUGUUCGAACCUGAAUCUGUUCUGAUUUCUUUUCUAACAAAUGUUGUUUUGUAAAUUGUUCCAAAAGUCCAUAAAAUGUUAUUUUUUUUAAUC